AUGACCACGGCUUCGUCCUCACUCGUUGCUGCUGCCACACUGGCCGGAAUCACUUUCUUCGGAUUGAUUUUCUUCAAAGAAACUCUACUUUCCUCUGACAAAGGAAAGGUUUUCGUCGGAUUUUUGUGCAGCUUGAUUUACAUGUUUAUUCUCACAGCUUACGGAAAUCUCAAAUCAAAUAUUAAAUGGUAUGAUAUGGCGUUGUGCUUGAUCCCAGCAGAGAUUUUCGCAUCAACCCUUCAUGGAGUUUGUGUUACGACGUGCUUUUUGUUCUCUAUGGCAAUCAGUUACGAAAUGUAUAAGGUUGCUCAACACGUUUAUGGCGGAGAAGCCGAAAGCUCUGUUCCUGUAUCAUCGCCAUUUGACAAGAAGAGAAAAUGA